UGGGCGUAGUUGGAAGGCGGGGCUUCUCAGACCAGUCGCGCUUCGUUCCUUAGUCGGGAGCGAGCGGCCCGCGAUGCCGCACCAUGACACCUCCGCACAGCUUCGCGAUCCGGGACCUGCUGCCCGAAGCCUCGUCCCGGUCCCCUUCGCCCUCCGACACGGAGCUAGACGUCACCGGCACGGAAACACCGCCUCCUAGCUCUUCAACGAACGAGAAGAAAAACGAGAAGCCGGCCUACAGUUACAAUGCACUCAUAAUGAUGGCAAUACGAAGCAGUCCAGAAAAAAGGCUCACCCUAAAUGGAAUCUACGAGUACAUAAUGAAGAACUUUCCUUAUUACAAAGAAAACAAGCAAGGUUGGCAGAAUUCCAUAAGACAUAAUUUAAGUUUGAAUAAAUGUUUUGUAAAAGUGCCGCGGCACUACGACGAUCCCGGUAAAGGGAACUAUUGGAUGUUGGACCCGUCUUCGGAUGAUGUCUUUAUUGGAGGAACCACUGGAAAAUUAAGAAGACGGUCUACGGCCGCAUCUAGGUCAAGACUAGCUGCAUUUAAAAGAGGAGCAAUGUUGCAUCCCAUGUUCGGGAAUCCUUAUGCGUCGCUGGUAGGGCUGUACCCUCCUCUGUUGUCGGUGUACGGUCGGUACGCUUUGCCGAGCCCUUUAUUGAGGCUUCCGCCACCUCCGCCUAGUCCAUAUCACCAACUCUACAGGCGAAUCCAAGGAUUGGCUUCAGGUAAUCCUCCCGACGAUCCAGACCCUCAAGUAGUGAAGCACAGCUGAUAGAGCCUUGGAGAGAUACCCUCAUAAUGCUAUCUCUAGCAACGGCACAGGACUGAUGUGGUGGAUUCAAACUGUGAUAGGUGUACAGUAAAGGAAGUGUCGCUAUUUAUUAUUAACGUAAGAUUAUAUUUAACGAAUUUAAAUUAAUGUUAAGAGGCUUGAUUAAGUAAUGGGCGCAAUAAAUGUUUGAGCAGAAUGCUUA